AUGGGAGACGUGCUUGGAGACGGAACCGAAGGAAAUGUUUUCAUCCAGCUGUUUGGUGACAAAGGAAUGACUGAACAAAUACAACUGAGGCAAGCGGGAAAUUCCAAAAUACGCUUCGAGAAAGGAAGAACCUACAAGUUCACUGUUGAAACAGUCGAUAUUGGCAAGGUAAGGUUACUCUGAUUCUUGCCGUAGAUUAUAGUGUAGUUCUUCUCCGUUUAGAAUGUGGUUUGCCCUUUAGAAUUCUGUCGUAGAAUACAGUGAUGUGUAUUUUUUUUUGCCUGCAGCUUUGCUAGCAGGCUCUUCAUUCGGGAGAAUCGCAGCGUCACCCAACGUCAAUUUUCGGAAAAUAUCUGUUCGGAAGACGAUUUGAGAUCUAGAAUUUUCGGAACAUUUUUUGUAAAAUUUCUUGCUUGCCUACCUCUCGUAGGAUUUUCGAACAUCUAAAAAUUGUUAUAAUUGCCCAUUUUUAACGGAUUUUUACCCUAAAAAGCUCACCUAGGAUUUUCGGAAGCCUUUUUCCUGGCUGAAAUUUUCGAAAAGGUAAGUUUUGAUCCCUAUAAUUUUCGGAUCUCUAGACUUUCAGCUAGGAAAUCCGAACAGAUGAGAAAUUUUUAAGGGGAUAAAAAUAUGCCUAUAUCUACCGUUUAAAUACUAAAAUAGGUUUAACAACGCUAUGUUUAGGUGGUUUUGAACUAUCUUCUCGUUGGGUGCCCCUGGAAUCGGUCAACUCUCGGUCUUCCGCUGGAGAGCUAGGUGGAAGGCUGCAUCGAUGUUUGCUACACAUUGAACGUUCUGUCGAUGUGAUUUUUAUUAAAGUUAAUAAUCAGCAGUGCCGUUUGUCGGACGCGUGGUACAUGAAGAUUUAAUAACUGGCGUACUUUGCCUCUCGUCUCCUUGUAGCUCUGUGAUCAGAGUGCUGGACUGUUCAGUAGAGCCUUAUUCAAUCCCUCGGUUUUUUUCCAUUCUGUCACUUGGGUUCAUAUUAAUUUAUAUUGAGCGUCAAAAAACAAAAACCAAAGCAGUUACUCUGGCCAAUUGCAACACGUACAAACAAUCAAAUGAGCAUUAGGGACUUUAAGAUCCAACGACGCGGACGACAACGAGAACUUCAAAAAAACAAUUGGUUUAAUUAGCAAAAUAACAACUUCGCACGUGCAUCACACUUUUUUGUACAUUUCUUCCCCAUUUUUGCACGACAACGACGUGAAAAUGCCUAAUUUCGCGUUUUAUGGAGGACGUAAACAAGUAACGACGAAAUUUUAUUCUGUUUCUGAGCUUGAAUUUGGUCCCUUGAAUUCAUCUUCAGGAGGGUUCGCCUACAAUUGACAAAGUUAGUGGGCAGGAAUAAUCGCUAUAAAGACUGAAAGAACGCAAAUUCACUUAUUAAGCGACGUUCUUGUCGCCGUCGCGUCGUUGGAUCUUAAAGUCCCUAAUCACAGAUGACGCGGACGCCAAGCAUGGGGAAUCUCGUGAGUGAGUCUAUCAGGUCUAUUGAUUUUGGGUAAAAAAAAUUGGCGCGAGAUUUUUCAGCUUAAAGCUCAGCACACUCAAAGCUUAGCAGUGCAAUACCAAGGUACAGACUGUAGCUACGCUCAGUUGAAACCUCGAAAGGAGCAUCCCCUCAUGAAAGUUCAAACGACAACCAGUUCUCAUGUAUGUUCAUUACGACACGUCACUCGUUUUCCGUUUAUUUUAGAUUGAAAAGAUAAGCGUAAGUCACGACAGUCGUCACACCAACUCAGGCUGGUACUUAGAGGAAGUAACGGUAGAUGUACCGUCACGCGGUGACCACACUGUGUUCCCUUCGCACUGUUGGUUGGCUUCUGAGAGAGGUGACGGCAGAGUUGUACGGGACUUUACCUCAAGACCUUGUGAGUAUUAGUGUGAUAUCAUCAAAUGACGAUAAUCUAUUCUCAUUAACGUUACCUCAGUUGUUGUCGAACUGACGUCAAUCACUGAUAACAAAAAGUCUUUUUCUGAUGUGUCUUUUGGCUUAGAACGGUUUGCCAUUGUAGCUUACAAAAGAAAGUAUACAAUUGUCAUUUGUAUUCCCCGUAGUGUUGUUUCAAUUUCGUCAGGUCAUGUGUAAAGAAGCAUGAAUGUAACUCAUCAUCCCCACGCAUGGUACUUGUAAUUCUGUCAUUUCGUACCCAGUGUCGGUUGAUUAGCUUCGAGUUUGUAGUCGAUUAGCAACCAGAUAUAAAGCCUUUUGAGAAGUAUAUCGAUUAAAACAGGGUACCUCAACCGCGUAGGGGGAGUGGGGAGGGGCGCUCAAUGGAAGUUGGGUAGAGGUGUGCCGCCGAGGCCUUCAAACUCUGACCCUGCUCAAGACAAAAAUUGCUCAUUUCGAUAUCCUGUUUAAAAGCUUAUUUCAUUACCCUGAUACCUUUCGUUUCGCGUACAAAUUUCAGCAAUUUUUUGGGCUACCGUCAUUUAGUGUGUUUUUUUAGAAAAAAAAAUUCUUGGUACUACACAUGUACACCGCUCAUCGCCAACGUUGACACUCUUUUGAAAGCUUUCGGUCCAAAAAGACACCCUGUUGAAGACGCUUAAUAGUAAAAUUGUAUUCCAUGUUUAAGAUCCAGGACCCUGAAAACCAUACCCUGUUCAGCGUCACAUACCCGUUUAGGCCAACUCUUGUUUAGGCCAAGUAAUGGAGUGCCCCCAAGGGGAAGGAACAACUAACUGUAUUUGGUGGCGUUGUUGGAAGUGGUAGUUUUAUAUCUUUUGCAAUCGGCUCCUGGUGUAGGUCUCUACCACUUGGCCAUCAAGACAGGAGACGAAAGAAGCGCUGGUACAGAUGCAAACGUUUGGGUUCAAGUCUACGGUGAUAAAGGCGACACGGGACACGUGCAGCUCAAGAAAUCAGGAAUGAUGGAGAACUUGUUUGAACGUGGUCAGACUGAUUAUUUCACUUUAGAAGCUGGUGAUGUUGGAAAGGUCAGUUUUGAUAUCUUAAGCCUUCAUCAGUUUGUUUUGUUUGAUAAGCGCUGUGCAACUGCGAAAAACUAAAUUAAUUAUCAGUAAGCGAAAGAAAGGAGAGAGACGUUAUGUGAGCGGCGUCAGGCAAGGGAGAAUUUCCUUGCGAAAUUGCUGAAGAAUUAAGUCACAUGAUAUGAAAAUGAUAGUCUUUACAGAAGUAUAAGUCUGUUUGAUUUACACACUUGAAACGCGACCAUUGGUGACGGGGACUUAGAAGGCCAGGGGAUGAGAAAGUUAAAAUGGGCCUCAAGAUACACCGUUUUUGUCUACGGGCACGGACAGGCGAACAUGUUUGUCACGGUUAAUAUGAAAGGGAACCAUGAUUUCCUAAUUGUGAUAGGGUAUCAUCGGUAAGAUACAAUCGGCGACAAAAUUGUUGAUACAUAACAUAAGAAUCCACUCCCCUCCCCUGUCCCCUCCAUUCAAAGUUGGGGUAUUUGUUGUUUUCUAAAGGUUGCUCGAGCAUUGGCACAACAUUGCAUGGAGGGGAUGGGGGAGGAAAAGCUAUAUUUUCCUCUUUUGAAGUCAGGAAAACGUCAAAAAGCCCCUUUAGGGCGAAGUGUCUCAACUCAUUUUGUCGCCAAUUGUAGCCUAAACAAACCAACUACGCGACAGACAAGCCGCGCGAACGAUUUUGUAACCGCUUAAAGCCAUGCAAACGAGAAACCUCUCCUCGCAAGGUAGGUAAGAGGCAACCUCCCCGUAUUAAUCACAGCUACGGGUACGGGUAAUCUAGCUGUACCCGUAUACAAAAAUGGUGUAUUUUAGGUCCAACAACAGAAUGAGCAACGACCAAAAUAUUUAUGUUUCCUUAAUGCAAUUCUACUUUUUGACAGAAGUGCACGGGGCAUUAGGUAGCUCGUGCCAAUCUUGACAGGUCGUUCAAUUCACGUGUAAAGAAUGGUAUAAUUAUUUUAUGUACUUUAUUGCGAAGCUGCAAAUUACACGUCCGCGCGUUCUCAAUUCGUGAAACUGAAUUAUUUUGCAGAUUGAGAAGCUUCGGGUUGGCCAUGAUGGGCGUGGUCCUGCUGCCGACUGGUAUGUUGAGGAAGUGAUACUAAACAGCGCUGUCCGUGGAGAGCAUCUCAUCUUUCCGUGUCAUGCGUGGGUAGCGGAGGAACAUGGCGCGGGAUCUGCAGACAAAGAACUUUAUCCCAAACAGCCAGGUAAGAACGUUACUGAUGUACAAAGUCAAAUAAUCAGUUGGCGAGUGCACCAGAUGUGUAGAUUGCCAGCAGUCUCUUAUUUUUCUUUGCAAAAUUACUCCACGCGUAACCCAUGUUGUAACGUCGUUGUCAGCAAUCGCGCUGGCGGAGAUGAGAACUUGAUGGAUUUUAAGAGAGAAGGCGGACUGCAAACAGUCUACGUUACAUGAAAAGCCAUAUAAGAAGCAGCCUACCUGUAGCUGAAAAUUGAUCUGAAAACCACAACACCCAACCUUAAACAUAACCAAUACACCUUGCAGUCUAGCUGGAUGUAUGUAUAGAGCGUUUCCACUCUCGUUGCCAGCGGCUAUGCAAAUGUAUUGGAACAAAAGAAAGCGUCUACCUAAGAAAAGGGUUCAACUCCUACAGGAUUUGUUUGGAAUACCAACAUGGCCGCCGUUUCAUUGUUUUGGAACACGAAUAUGGUCGAACACGGGAAUGGAAAUAGAGGCUACCACCUUCUUUUCCUCAUAAAAACACUUCAGACAUUUUCAGUGAAUCGCAAAAUCACGUAAAGCAAUAUUUAAUGGGAGGACGUGAAUGAUGUCUAUACUCCAGUUUAAUUAUAUAUUUAUCUCUCCACCAUUUUCCCUUUUUUUUUUUGCAGUUUCUGAUUACAAUGUGAGAGUAAAGACAGGAAAUGUAAAGAACGCAGGAACAGAUUCAAAUAUUUAUCUUCAAAUAUUCGGCGAUAAAGGCGACACUGGUGUCAUUGAAUUAAAACAGAUUUGUGACACCAAAGACAGGUUUCAGCGUGGAGCAAAUACCAAGAUUAUCUUGCAAACUGUGGAUGUAGGAAAUGUAAGUUAUUGUUGUCUCUAGUGAAUUGCACGUCUUGUUAUUACUUGGGAGUUGAAGAUACGGAAACUACGAACUGAAGACGACAGGCCACUGUUGGGGACGCCGUUUGUAAAAAUAUAUUCUUAUUUGUCUCCAUUGUUGGUGGUUCCGUUCUCAUCCUUCCAUACUAACUAAUAACCUUCGACUUCGUGUUUUUAUAAGCGUGUUAAAUUGGAGGAAACUACAUAUUGUGUCUCAUUCCAGUCUCAAAGAGCCUCCCAUCUGUAGUCGUCAGAUCGUAUCCUAAGAUGUUUACUCGACUAAAAUAUGUUGGAGAGUCACGCCAUCGAUUUUGUCGUAUUAACUUGAAAGAAAAACGUCUUAUAUACACCAUUAGAUUGUAGUCGUCCAUCCGGCCUCGUCAGGCAUUUGACCGUGAACGGAUAUCCACUCUGAAUUUCAGUAGGUGGACGUUAUGUUCGUAUGUCGGGUUCCAUUGUACAAGUCUAUUGGUAUAGUUUAAUUUUCACCUCUUAAAAGGUCUGCUUUCUGGAGUUUUGCCUUUGUCAUUGUCUUACUAAAUAUUGCGUUGCUUUCGCUCCCUGAUGUAGCUGGAGAAGGUUCGUAUUGGUCAUGACGGAAGAGGCCUGGGAACAGGAUGGUACCUCGAGGAGAUCGUGAUCAUCAUACAUGACGAGUGCUGGAUUUUCCCUUGUAACCGCUGGCUGGCUGAUUAUGAAGACGAUGGAAAAACAGAGAGGGAUCUGUAUGCAGGUUAGCUUUAUUGUGUGUGAACGCGCAAACAGGAUGACAAGAACACAGAGAGUUGUGUAGUCUGGUGUUCUGAUGGCUUUCUGCAUAGCCUAUUCCAUCCAGGCGUUCAGAUAGUAGAGCGCGGGGGUAAGUGGGGAGCGAGUUAAGUUGUACACCGGGAAAAGGGGGGGGGGGGGCGAGGGCGAGGGCGAGAGCGAGAGAACUUCUCUCCCCCUUUCCCCCUCUAGUCUCCCCUCGUUUUUUUUUUCUUCGUGGAUUUUUCUCCCGCUCUCUACUAUCCGAACGCCUGGAACAGGCUUUUUUCUCCAGUAUCAAACGUCCACGCUAAAAGGAUUUACACUUGUUGUAACUGGAACAAAUUGUUAUUGUUCAUAGAGAGGAAGACUUAUGCACACGAGCCUGACUUACAAGACUUGAUAGAAUACUUACAGACUGAUGAUACCACACUGAUCGUAAAUGCCGCUAACUACCUGCAGCAUCUCUCGUACAGUGAUGAGCAAGUCAAGGUUAAAGUACGGUAAGUUCGUCAGGCAACAAAAUUUUCCAUUGUAAAAUUCACAAAAGACAAAUUGUAGCCGCAACGUUCGGCUGACAGCUUGUAAUUGGCUAAGAGACUUCUUGCAGCCCCGAGGGUUGUCCUGCGCGUGAGUUUAGUCGGCCCUGGGAAGAUAUUUUACUCGGAGAGUGUACUAGUUCAGCAAUGCCAGGCGAUUACAAGUGCUGCUUAGUUGAAAGUUUUAUUCAAUUAUCACCACUGAGAGUUUCAGUUGUGUUGUAAGUUUCCUUUGGAAGCAUUUCAGGUUACCUAGCCUUAUGAACUGCAGGGUUAGGCGCAAUCGGGCGCAGGUUAAACGAUACGCGCGCCAGAGGAGGAUGACACGCGCCUUCUCCUCUCUCGCGGGCUGUUCUUGUUUGCGCCCUAAAUUUUUCAUGGGCCUUCUACGGAUGCUAUGGCAGUAACAAUUUCCCUUGUUUAUGUUAUAGUUUUUUGUUUUAUUACAGUGAGCUUGGUGGCAUCCCAGUUUUAGUACGUCUCCUUGACCACGAAUUAGAAGAAAUUCAUCGAUCUGCCGCGGCUUGUUUAUUAAAUUUAUCCUACAGUAAAUCAAGAGACGAAAACAAGGUAAUUAUCCUCUUUUCAACGUCGUGUUGAUUGAAUGUUAGAGCUUCAAAAGCGGCUCUGUUUAUUAAAGUACCGUAUUUUCUUUGUUAACUUUCUCACUUAGCAAGAUGCCCUUAACAGGAGUGAAAAACAUAAAUACACACGGUUUAACCGGCACGAGAUCCAUGGCAGACUAGGUCGUUUUCUAGGCACCAUGUGACAUUUGCGUAGUCGUUUUUUUUUCUUUUAUUUUCAACAUGAGACCAGCCAUUUCCGAAAGGGAUUAGUUUUGUAGGAAACUCAGCGUCGAUGGGAAAGCUAAACUUAAAACUAGGGGAAACUUUUCGAAAGUCCCUUCUACUUUAGGAUACAGUGCAACUUUAUAAUAAUUAUAAGAAAAUCCAUAAUUCUUUUAUUAAUCCAUAACUGCAAUUACUGCAAUACAUAUAAGCGUGCUUGUCUUUGAUUACUUGGCUUUUAAUCCAAACAUUGGAGAAAUUGUUUUCUCACGUUAUCGAAACUUUGAUUAAACGACCCCCUGGUUUUAGUCUGCGGAAAGUCUCUCUCUGUCGUCAAAUUUAGUGAGGGAAUUGCGAGGUCUCCAGCCUUCAGUCACACGCCUGGUCAUUUUCGUGCCUCCCGCAUUUCGCUCAACGGAAUAACAAAAAAAAGAUACGCUGCUCGUCCUCUACAUGGUUCUAUCAAGUGGGCAAUGUAAAUAGAUUCAAAAGGUUCGUAUUGAGCCUUGUAUUCUCACAACUCUUUAUCUGUGUGUGUUCUCCUUCAGCUGGCUAUUGCUCAUUGUUACGGCAUUGAAGCUUUAAUUCGAUUGUUAAAAAGAACAAGAAAAGACGAGGUAAGCAGUUAAACUGACCAUCCUGUGUAGUUUAAUUUCUCUUGCGUGUGCCAUCAAUGAAGUUAGUGAUAGCAGGGUUGUCACUAAGAUUUCAAGUUGCAGGGAGAAUUCAACAAGUAGGGGGGGAGAUCAAACAGGGAGGGAUUUCUUUUGGUUCUAUUUUUGUUCUAUUUUCCUAUGACAGUAGCCGGGGGAAAUCCCCGGCCCCCGCCUCUUAAUGACAGCCCUGUAACAGGCAAGUGUAUAUUUCCUCUGUUGAGAGGAGAAGAGAGAUGUUCAUUUAGGGAUUUGAGAGCGACCGUCAGGAAAAAUGGAGCAAAAUCUUGAUUUCGUGGCAGGAGUUAAAAAAUCGGCUUCUUUCAUUUCUUGUCCAUGGAUAUCUUUUAGGUAGAUAAGAAACCUGUUAUAGAUUGUUUCCACCAAAAGCCGUUUAUUUGUGCGGAAAAUUGUCGAGUCCAAAUUUCUCCGCGCAGUUUUUUCUGCGAACGCAAGGAGGGUUGAUGUUAGCAAAUUUAGGGUUGAAAGUUAGGCCAUUUUGAGACUCCGACCACGGAAAAUGUUAUUUUGUACUUUUCUCGAAAAUAAAAGGCUUUUUUACUAGAACAAUUUACAUCAGAUAACUUAUCCCCCAUCUGCCAUGUAAGAAAUGGAUUUUUCAACUCCUGCCACCCAACGUCAUCAUUGUCAUUCGUCCCCCCUGGCUGAGGUGCGAAUUCCUCGCAGAACCGCCGCCCGUGCUCAUUUUGUAGUCAUAAACAAAGGUGCUGGACAGUUCUGUCUGAGCUCUGAUACGAGGAAGCGUCCAAUCUCAAUACUUUUUUCCUGAGUUGGAAGCAACGAACAGCAGUAAAAGUCUUUGAAAAUGUAUUGCAAUACAUCAAAAUGUAUGCAGCAGGAGUUUGAGCCAAAACUGUCAAGGGAUAUUUUAAAAAUGUCGAAGAACAAGUCAUUCUACUUCAGAGCAAGGUUGGAGCAAUUUAUAGUGCUUCUAAAACUAAAAAGUACUUUUUAAAGAAUAACACGAUAGGCAAUCGGCUCUUGUUUUAAGAAUUAGCAAACGUUGAAUUUACUUGUCCCGAAAAUUCAAACUAGUGGCUCCUUCUUCCUGAUGGUAAUUUAUUUUCGAAAUUCCAAAACAAUUUCACAGCUGAAUUUUGAGCGACUUUUAGUUACGGACUUUUGCUCCAACGAUUUUUCUGAAAUUCCUCUGGCAUAUUUAUUAUAUCAAUUAAAGCCGAUACCAGAAAUUUCAGUAAAAAAUAUCAGCAAAAUUUUUUACUAGACGCGAUUUUCUUUGGACAGUAGGGUCCUCUUAAGCGCUAAUUUCUCAAGAAAUAUUUACCAUCAAUGAAAUCGGAAUAUUUCGUAUUAUUGCCGAAUGAUAUCUGUUAUUGUUUGCAAAGUUUCGCAGCCAUCGCGUCAAAAACCAAAAAGUUAUGACGGAAAAUUUGUCACAGCUAAAUGCUCUUGUAUUAAUUACGGAGCCACCUUAACACGAAAGCUCUUCUUGACAGCUGGCUCUUUCACCUCUAUGGCUUAAUAACAACUUUGCUGCAGUUGCAUAUAUAAAUAAUUAUCCAGUUGCUCUAGAUUGUGAUUUGUUACAUAGCUGCAAAUUUUGAAGCUGGAAAUUCAUUAAACCUCGGUAUAUUGUAACGGCGGUCUUCGGUCAAGGUAACAGUGAACAGAGCCUCUGACGUCAUGGAUUUUGCAACGUUGCCCGCUCAGAGAUUUCAUUGUUUCAAACAGUUUCCUUGUUAGAUGUCAUGUGAUUAAGAAGUAACCGAUGAGAGCGUGCGUUAUUGGGAAAAAAUUUCCUGCUAUAUAACAACACUGCUUAUAAGGGUACAAAAAGGGCGUGAGAUUAAAGGUAAUGACCACUAAGAAAUAAAGGUCGCGAUUGUAAAACACAUCCACCUUUUCUGUUCGCUUGGAAAUGGUUGGAGAGUAGUGUAGAAAAUAUGCAUGCUAGACGGGUAUCACCUUUUAAUGAUCAAAGGUCGUUCACAGAAUUUUUAAAUUUGUUCCAGGUGAAAGAAGUACUGUUAGGAGUUUUAUGGAACCUUUCAUCGUGUGAAGUAAGUUUUUAUAAGUUGUAAUUGUAGCACCUCCUACGCUUUGCAGACGCCAAAUAUAUCUUUUCAGUAUUGUCGAGGAAAAAAUAUUUAAAUAGAGUUUAACUGAUAGGCAACCACUUGGUGUGUUAAAAAUAUGAAUAUGUCUAUUGUUGGAGGUGACUCACUGAUGAGCGUCCAAGGUAAAGAUAGUAAAGUUAGUCAAUAAUCUCCCUCUUUGUUUUUUACGGUGAUAGUGUGUGCUCUUUUCUCGCGGCAUAAACUGUUAAUACCACGCGUGUUAAGCUUUUUUUUACUUUCCUCCAACAGGAUCUGAAGCUUCGUAUCAUCGAAAUAUGUCUGAUUGUCCUAGUAACUAUAGUAAUUAUACCGUAUUCUGGUUGGACCAAAACCGCUGCCCAGAGUAACGCGCCGAUCCCGUCAAUUAAAUGGUCGACCGUCUUCCGUAAUGCCAGCGGUGUUCUUAGAAAUGUGUCCUCAGCGGGGCCUGAGGCAAGACGAGUUAUGAGGGACUGUUAUGGACUGGUGGACUCCUUUGUGUGGAUCAUUAAGGCGCCUAUUGGAAAAACUGAUAUUGAUAAUAAGGUAACGAAACAGGAAGGAAAUAUUGUUCCCUAGUACGCUAAUACGCUAGGUGACGCUCAGUCACUUGAGCACAUUAUCACCGAAUUGACUGGAAAUCAGUAUCAAAGUAACUGCUGCUAAAAACAACAACAAAAAUAACGAACUCGGUUGGGUAAAACGGAAGAAGAUUCAAACGGGUGGCAUUCCGGUAAACUUGAAAACGUUUGCGAAAGUGUGACGUUUGUCAGUUUACCGAUUUAUUCGAUUGUAAAAUUUAGGGCUCGCCUUCAUAUAACGUCACGGCGGCCAUAUUGGUGUACAAAACAAUUAAACAGCGGCCAUGUUGGUCUACAGAAAAAAUCAUGUGGGGAUUGAACUCUUUUCGAAUGUAAAAACUUUCUUUUGUUCCAAGAAAUGUGCAUAGCUGCAGCUUGCUGGUCACGUGACUGAAAACGCUCUAUUAACAAAAAAGACAAAAGAUUUAGCUAAAAUAAACUGAUCAGGUCCGCUAACUCUCUCCUAUGGUGUGAUUAUUGAAAUUAAACCUAUUCGGCAGUACUUUCACAUGGUAAAUUUUUGUUCCGCGUAGUUUACAAAAUGAAAUGAGGGAAAGUUUUACUUCGGUCACUAUUAUCAGUGGAGAGUCAAGGUGACUUAUCUUUAUUGCUUUUUCAGUCUGUAGAGAAUUCCGUCUGUAUUCUUCGCAAUUUGUCAUAUCGUCUGGAAAACGAAGUUGACAGAGAAAAAUAUAAGGACGCUCCCAUGAUUGAACCAAGCCGCAAGGAACCCGAGAAACACGAUCCGGGUUGCAUGGCAGGCUGCGGAGGUGCAUCAAAGAAGAAAAAGAAGGGAACAAUCAAAGAAUCGGAACAGCCUCAAAUUAGAAGAGACCCGGUCGAAGGAGUCGAGUUACUAUGGCAACCCGAGAUUGUCAAAUCAUAUUUAUCUAUAAUGGCAGAAUCGUCAAAUCCUGAAACGUUAGAAGGCUCGACUGGCGCUGUACACAAUUUAACGGCUUGUGGAUGGCGGGUAAGACAAAUUUUACUUGAUGGAAGUUCCUCCCUCUCUUCGUCUUUGUUCUCUGUCUCUGUCUCUGUCUCUCUCUUCUGUUUGGGCCGUAACGUAACGGUUUCCCUGGAAUAGGCUUGUUGCAUCAUGACGACCAAAAUAAUGCUCGUGUUGAAGACUAUGUAACUUCCUCUUUCCGAACCAUUGCAUCUGUGAAAAGGAAGAAGGUAAAAAGGCAGCGGGUGUUUCACGCCAAAUACUAAGCUUUUUUUGCUCAGAAACGGCCCACUUAGGUUAAAGAGCUACCCUCGGGUUUAAGACAUUAUGAACAGUACUUCAAGUUCAAGGUCGUUCUACUCUUUAUAAGAACAAUGUUGUAUCAGCCCGCACCGCUCGAGAUGAUAAUAGUGUACGAACUAACAGGAUAUCUGGUGGAGGAUGGAGGUGUGGAGAGUUGACGAGUAACCGCGAACAGACGGGAAGGGACGAAGGGCUAUAAAAAAAGAAGCGAGCGGGGAAACCCGACAGCUCGUAACUUGAAAGCGAACCCCAAACACGACAGCUUACUAGCCUUCUAUUGCAAGUGCUUAUAGCAACACUACCCCACUCGUUUGUAACUGUAAAGAGUGUUUUGACAUUUUUCCCGCUUUCCUGAUACUCUGAUGCAAUCGAAACGCGUUGAUUUGCUUAUGUUUUCGUUUGCAGUGGUCCAUGGUGGCGCGUUCCGCUGUCCGGAAAGAGAAAGGUCUUCCCAUUUUAGUGGAACUUUUACGAAUGAACUUCGAUCCUGUAGUAAGGGCUGUUGCGACUGCUCUUAGAAAUCUUGCAAUUGAUCCAAGGAACAAGGACCUAAUAGGUUUGUAUGAGCAUCUGCUGCAACAUGUAUUAAGGCUAAUGUUACGAAGUGGUCCCAUGUCCUGUCUGCGGUCUGCCAAGGGAUGUAGGCCUUAUCCGUUAGAUAUUUUAAGCAGCGGCUGACUCCAGGAGACUUUCGUCUUCCAAGGCCGCGGGAGAAUGUCAAACAUGAAACAUUCCUUAUAAAUGAAGCUUCUACGGAGCUGUGUCUCGAAAUUUAUUUUAAAAAAUAACUAACAGUUGGAACUGCCACCAAAAUUGAGUGAAACAAAAAAAUAACCCCCUCAAAACAUGGAAAGAAGGUAUAAAUAACGCAGCAAAUACAAAAGGAGGUACGGAUGGACAAACUUGAAGAAGAUAAAAACGGAUUGCAAUUGUGGGUUUUUGAAAACUUGUCAGCCUAACAGUUUUUAAGGGUUCAUUUUUGUUGUCUGUAACGUUUGAUAUGAUGCUUGGGAUGUACAUUUGUCGGACAAGAAGCUGUGCAAUGUUUUCCUUAUUUACAAGUACUUUCUUUGUUAACGUCAAGUUCCAUAGUGUACAAGGCAGCGUAAUUGGCAAUAUUGAUAAAAUGACCCAGACAGUCGCGACACAGCCCCUUAAAAACCCAAGUACUUACACUUGCAAACAGUACAUGUUUUUAGUAUUUUUUCACGUUUCCACUUUUGGUGCCUGUAGGUAAAUACGCUACAAAGGAUCUUAUUCACCGUCUCCCUGAUCCUGAAGCACCCAAUGACAGAGUUGAAGAGAACACAGUCGGCGCAAUACUAUGUGCUGUUCAUCAGGUGGUCAACAAGAGCAUCCCAAAUUCAAAGUAAGACACCUACAAACAGCCUGCUUUUAUAAUGCUGUGGAAAAACGCGAAAAAAAAAAACAACAACAACAAAACAACUACUGCUACUACAAACAACCAACAUUGAAAUGGGCGCGGUACCUAGCCCACAAGAAAAGGAGAGAAACUUUUGAAAGUUGAGAUUUACUCAGGAUAUACCAUAAAUUUGUAGAUGUUUAAGUAAGAAAUUUUUGAGUGUCUAAACGGAGUUCUUUAUACUUUCGGUUGCCUGGUAGGGAACUAGGCAAAAUGCAUUGUUAUUUGGUUAAAGUAAGUGUGUAAACCGGAACUUAUAUUGAAGGAAGUCCAUGGUGUUUUAGACGUAUUCUGUCCCGCGUCUGUACAAAAUAAGAUAGGGCACAAAGUCAAGGAAACGCGCCGGCAACCAGACCUAUCGGCCAUUUUGACGGGGUCGACUUGCACUAUGGGAUUGUUUUUGGGCCAGCUUGUGCGCAACUUCGUAAUAGCCAAUGAAAACAGUGCUAAUGUUGUCCCAAAACAGUCCCAUAAUGCAGUUUGACGCAACUUCAAAAUGGCCUAUCUUAUAGCAGUACCACCGCGCAGACUGAGUGCCAGCGUGCAGUGUCUGUUGUAUUGAUAUAAUUCUGUUUUUACUUCUCUUCAGACACGUGCGCAGUGUUGGAGGACUAAAGAAGAUUGUGGCGAUAGCGAAGUCGAGGGACAGAUACUCGCCAAAGAUAGUCAAAACAGCUAACCAGGUAUGUUUAUCACCAGUUAUCGAUAAUAACAACGAAUAUGACGAGAAAGUUAUCUUUUGAUGAUACCGAUUACUAUGCGACUAUCCUUGGCUUAAGGAACACAAAGUCAAAAACAGGAGGUAGCAGGCCGCAAUUUCCUUGACACUGAUAUAGAAAGAAGCCUCAACCUGCAUUUCCUACUGUAACGAUGCAAAAGGAUUUUCUUAACUCCUAGAGUGUGAAGAGGAUAUGCUAACGUUUCCUUCGAAAAGAAAUCGGCUGAAAAUAAAUAAGAGACCAGCGGUUUCCGUGAAAAAAUUGAUGCAGGUGGAAUACUAUUUUUCGCGGUCGACUCACAGACCUAUUUUCACUCGUUAUUUUGUUUGUUUGUGUGUGUGUGUGUGUGUGUGUGUGUGUGUGUGUGUGUUUUUUUUUGCUUUUUUUAAACGCUUUUUUCCUUAUAAUCAAAAAGUUUUAAGUGGUCAGGUUUUUUGGUUUAUUCGUCUCCAAUUUUUUUCUUCUUCUUGCAGGUUUUAAUAACAAUUUGGAAUCUAGUGCCUCUUCGAAGUUCUCUGAAAAACGAGGGCUGGGAAUUUACGAAAGAAAUAGGCGAUGAGUUUGGUCACGUGCCCCCAACGCCACGCCCUUUUGAGGACAUAACAAUGCCACGAGGAAGACAACCGCCGCCCGGGUCUUUAAAGAGAGAACCUCGUCCGAUAAGAGCCGAGGAGACAUCCAUUCCUCAACCUCAAUUCUACGAGCCCGAAAAAAGCGGUCCACCACCAAGUACUUCCACCAAAGGCGACGGUUACGAAGGGGACGACGAAAUACGCCGACGAAGGGCGCCGAGAGAGGUCCGAGAUGAAAUAGAAAUGGAGGAUAUCGGCGGUUAUCGGGAACUCGAUAAUAAUCCGGAUCCGGAGCGUACCGGUGGUGCCCAGGCUUUACCUCCGGCCUACGAUAGUAGACAGCCGCGUGAAGAACCACUGUACGCCCAAGUUGAUAAAAGCAAAAAGAAAAUGUAUAAAUUGCAAGGAACUGAAGGACAACAAAGCGAUUCUUGGGUGUAA